GGGAGGAGAGACAGAGGAGCCAGCCCUCUAGCUGUGACAGUUUGUGUGUUAGGGGGGUUGACAGACACAGUGGCUUUGUGUCCUGCUGAACACCGCUGGACAGGACACUGCUGUGCUGGGAGAGGAGAGGCACUGUCAGUUAGUCUGUCAGUCGCUUUGUCAGUCAGUCAGUCAGUCAGACCGUCUGUCUGUCUGUAGGGAAACCAGACCUCUCUGCUACCACACACACUCCGGCGUACAUCUGCUUUCCAGGACUUCUUUGAUAUCUUCUCAGGGCCCAGGACGCCCCACCACGGCAUGCGUGCAACCCCCCCCCCAGCGUGUGUGUGAGUGUGUGUGCCUUGGAAAGCUCCUUUAUGUCCUUGGAGGUCAGGAGUUUGAGACUGGGAUAUGGGACUAAAAGCAGGUAUCUUUGGAGACGUGCCAGCAUCGGGAUGAGAGGAACCCAGAGGAGAACAGGGGACUAGACUGAACUGGUUGGAACUAUUGGGAUUUUCUUCUUCAGGGAUGAUCUUGGCCCAUCUGAAGAGCUACUCAGCCCUCUUGGUUUCUGCUUUCACUGCUUGUUUUAUCUCCAUGGAUUGAUGCUGACAGUAGGACUUGGCCAGAGAGGAUGCAUGUGUUACUCUGACACCUGCGUCGUUUACUGGAAAAUAGCGUGUUUGUGCGAUAGCAUCAAGACUUUGCCCCCUCGUGUGUGUGUGUGUGGCACAUGUUGGCAUCAGGUCGGCCCGUGUCGGGUAAUCUCUGCGCCCCAAUGCCCGCGGCUAUGCCCCCCUACCCUGCUCUACCAGCUGAGUCAGAGUGGUGCUUCCAGAAUCCCGUAGGGGUGGACUGUAGUGCCGCCGAGCCUCGCUGCAUCUGGUUGGCAGUGCUGCGUGGUGCCCCCUUGUCCUCACCUUCACCCCCCACCAUGAGGCCAGUCCCGGUCGGCAAUGGGCACGGCUGCACCAGCAGGGCCCUGCAACGUUCUCACCAGCCCAGGGCAAAGGGGUGGAGAGAUGGGCUCUCCUCGGCCGGCGACAACCCUCGGCCUGCGAUGGGGGCUGGAGGAGAGGGGGUCGGCGUUGGCUGGCAAGGCCCCCGGACGCUACUACUCCAGAAGAACUCACAGGGCUUUGGCUUCACGCUGCGCCACUUCAUCGUCUACCCACCAGAGUCUGCCCUGCACACCAGCCUCAAGGACGAGGAGAACGGGAAUGGGAAGGGGAGAAGUAGGUUGGAGCCAAUGGACACCAUAUUUGUCAAGAAUGUGAGAGAGCGAGGUCCCGCUCACCAGGGUGGCUUGUGUACAGGGGAUCGGCUGGUGAAGGUGAAUGGAGAGAGUGUCCUGGGGAAAACUUACUCCCAGGUGAUCGCCCUCAUACAGAACAGUGAAAGUGUGUUGGAGCUCUCUAUAAUGCCAAAAGAUGAAGAUGUUCUCCAGCUGGCAUACUCCCAGGAUGCCUACCUGAGGGGCAACGAGCCUUACACAGGGGGAGCCCGGAACCUACCGGUACCUCCGCCCCUCUGCUACGCUCCCCGCGCCAAGUCCCAGCCUCCCGCCGGGGCCCCGGCCCCCAUGGGCCAGAACCAGCUGGACAACUGGAGCCGCUGGGCAGGCUCCGCCAGCCCCUUGUCCCCCCUGGACAACCGCUCCACCGUGGGCAGCCCGGCCAGCUGGCAGGAGGGACUGGGCAGAGAGCCGGGGGGCGUGGGCCACAGUAGCCCCCCCUACAGGACAGAGGAGAUCCAGUACGGUGUGACCGGGCAGCAGCCUACGGGACAGACCAGGGGCCGCUCCUACUCCUCAUCUUCUUCUUCAGGAGGGCCCCUCAGCAGCCCUCUGCAUGUCCACUAUGUCAACCACAAUGCUGCUGGCACUGCCACCACCGCCUCCUCUCAGCCCCAGAAGGGCAGCCAGGCCUGGGCCAGCCCUCCCCAGCCGAGCCCCAGCCGCAGCCAGCACUGCCAACAGGCCCUGUCUGAGUGGUACUACAGCCAAGCUGCUGAGCAGCGCCAGGGCCGCAGUGGCAGCAUGCACCACCGCCACCGCAGCUACUCUCAGGACAGACUAUGUGAGACAGGCCCUGGGUGCCACCGCCGGGGUCCGGGCGGCUGGCCCCACAGCGCCUCCCAGGAUACCCUGAUGCUACUGCAGCAGUCGGGCCCAGGCCCCCACGGGGACCCUUCUUGGACCUAUGGAGACUGGGAGGGGGCCCGGGACCAGAGUCACCCCUCCUUCUACGGCAGCAGAGCCCGGUCGGAGAACCUGCUGGUACAGUACGACCGCUAUGGCCGCUCGCUGGAGAUGCUGGAGUCGCCCCGUUCCGAGAGGCCCGCCUGGCUGCAGCAGGCCUCACAGCAAGCACCCAGGACUGAGGCCUACCAGAGGCAGGGAAACCAUUACGGUGUUGCACCGGCCCCCUCUAUGGGCCGACAAGCACAGCCGCACCACAAAAACCACCCCCAACCCCACUCACAGUCUCACCCACAGCCCCAGCCCCAACAACCAGCCCCUCAGAGCAGACGUCUGCCCACCGGACAGAGCCUGGACGACCAGCCAGUCGGUUACCGCAGCUACAGCCCCUCCUUCAACCGCAAGACAGGCCGCAUCAUGCAGCAACCCUCCUUCAGGGACCCCUCCUACCUUGGCCCCCACCUCAGCUGGGCCCCCACCCCCAAAACCAGCCCCCCAGAGGGUGUUGUCCCCUCAGUCCCAUCCCCCCUGGCUUCCACCACCCCCGAGCCCCUUGACAGGGCCUACCGCCCCACCAACCAUGAGAGGGGGGCAAUGGAAGGCCAGGUGGAGGUGGUAGCUCAGACCCCGGAAGUCAAACUGAGACAGAAACCCCCCACGGGACGAAGGAGCGCCCACGCCAUGCGCCACCCCCACUACACCCUGCCUGUAGAUGCACAGAACCCCCUGUGUUCCCCCCCUGAACCCCACGAGACUGCCCCCGCCCCUCGCCCCUCAGGAGAUGGUGCCCCGCACCGUACCAAUGGCAACCUGGCCCCCCUGUCUGUAGAGGAUGACGCAAUGGCCUCCAUUCCCUUUAUAGAUGAGCCGACGAGCCCCAGCGCUGACCUCCGUGCCCGCCACGUACCCGCCUCCUCCGUGGUGUCCAGCGGCAUGAGCUCGGCGCCCGCCAUCGUCACCAGCCCCGCCUCCCCCACCUUCACCUUCCCUCUAACCAGGCUCUUCUCACACGACUGCAGCAGUAUUAAAUCCAGUCGCCGUUCCUCCUAUCUUCUAGCCAUCACCACGGAGCGCUCCAAGUCAUGUGACGAGGGACUCAACACCUUCAGAGGAGAGGAGGGCCGCGUCUUCUCGAGGCUGCCAAAGAGAGUGAAGAGUUUCUUCACUGAUGGGUCUCUGGACAGUCUGGGGGCGGCGGAGGAGGUGCGCUCCAAACGCCACUCCACCUCAGAGCUGGGCAGUAUCAGCUACAGUGACAUAUGGAGAGAGGGAUGGCUGCACUACAAACAGAUCCUCACGGAGAAGGGCAAGAAGGUGGGCAGCGGCAUGCGUCCGUGGAGGCGGGUCUUCUCGGUGUUGCGCUCCCACUCGCUCUUCCUCUACAAGGACAAGCGGGAGGCGGUCCUGCGGGGCGCCACUCUGGGAGGCGAUGCCGACGAGGAGCAGCCAAUCAGCAUCCGGGGCUGCCUGGUGGACAUAGCGUACAGCGAGACCAAGCGUAAGCACGCGCUGCGUCUGACCACUCAGGACUUUUGUGAGUACCUGCUGCAGGCCGAGGACAGAGAGGACAUGCUGGACUGGAUCAAGGUCAUCAGUGAGAACAGCAAGACCGACAAUGAGGAGCUGGGAUUCUCAAGACAGGCUCUGAUCAGUAAGAAGCUCAAUGACUACAGGAAACAGAGUCCAACGGGCAACAAGCCGGACUCCUCGCCCAGGGUGUCCCGUGCCAAGCCUUCCUUCCUGCUGGCCAAGAUGGAGAACGCUGCCGGGGCGCCGCGCUCACCCAAACCUGAGGGCAAAGAUGAGAGCAGCCCCCCUAAGUCACCAUGGGGGAUCAACAUCAUGAAGAAGUCCAAGAAGUCAGGGCCCAAGGCUUUUGGAGUGCGGCUAGAAGACUGCCAGCCAGCCGCCAACAACAAGUUCAUCCCGAUGAUCGUGGAGAUCUGCUGUGGGCUGGUGGAAGAGAUGGGUCUGGAGUACACCGGUAUCUACAGGGUCCCAGGGAACAACGCAGUGGUGUCCAGCCUUCAGGACCAGCUCAACAAGGGGUCGGACAUCAACCCUGCCGAGGAGAAAUGGCAGGACCUGAACGUGAUCAGCAGCUUGCUCAAGUCUUUCUUCAGGAAACUUCCGGAGCCCCUCUUCACUGAUGAUAAGUACAAUGACUUCAUCGACGCUAACCGGAUGGAGAAUGCCGGGGACCGGCUAAAGACCAUGAAAAAAUUGAUCCGUGACUUACCGGACCAUUACUACCACACUCUCAAGUUCCUGGUUGGCCAUCUGAAGACGGUAGCUGACCACUGUGAGAAAAACAAGAUGGAACCUCGGAACUUGGCCCUGGUGUUCGGGCCCACGCUGGUGCGGACGUCUGAAGACAACAUGACAGACAUGGUGACUCACAUGCCUGACCGCUACAAGAUAGUAGAGACGCUCAUCCAACAUUAUCUCUGGUUUUUCAGUGAGGACCUGGACAAGGAUGAGAAGACUCCAGUAGACACGAAGGACCUGGUGCCUGCCCCCAAUAUCGACCACUUGCUCUCCAACAUCGGCAGGACCGCUCUGCUAGGGGAGGCGUCAGACUCAACCAACAGUGACUCAGCUAAAUCUAAGGGGUCGUGGGGGUCAAAGCGAGACCUCACAGCCAAGGACUUUCUGACCCUGUCCAUCAUGUCCGCCGUCACCGGACGAAAGCGCCGGAAUCGCCACAACGGCCGCCUCGUGGGCAGCAGCACAGAUGACGACUCGGAGCACGAGCCAAUCAAAGCCAGCCACUUGGGGGCGGAGGAGGGAGAAGAGGCGGGGCUGGUGGUGACAGGAGCAGACACUGCCCCACGAGCAGAGGGAGAGGAGGAGGAAGAUGAGGAGGAGGAGGAAGAAGAAGAGUCUGUAGUAGAGAGAGUGAGAGUGCAGGUGGAGGUAAAGGAGGUGGUAGUUCCCAGCAUGCCGUGCAGUGGUGAGAAAGAGAAAGCAGGGCAGACGGUGAUGCUGCUCCCUGAGGAAGAGGCGGUGACGGCGGAGGUGAAGGGCAGGGCAUGGCGGGGGCCAGAGGACGCUCGCUCUAUCGUCUCCGGUUACUCCACCCUCUCCACACUGGGGCGGAGCCUGGCGUCGGAGGGACGGUGUGAUGAAGCUGACGACGAGCGCAGCGAGCUGGUGAGCGAGACGGACAACGAGAGCGGAUUCGCCUCGCGCUCCCUUACCCAGGAGAGACCUGAGAAACACCCCCCUGCAUCCAUUACACCCACCCUCACACCCCCUACCCCCACACAGCCCCCCACACAACCCCCCACAGCAGCACAACGAAGCUUCCUCUACACACACUACAAACCCCAUCCUGUCUCCCCCGCACCGCAGCACACCACCCCCACCCCCUCCACACACACUCAGGACCCUGGGGAGAGGAGCGAGGGUGGGGCGCGAUCCACCACCCCCUCCUCCUCCUCCUUCUCGUCGUCCUCCACCACCCACAGACUGCACACCCGGCCCUCCUUCAACUCCCACAAGCUGAUCCAGUGUGACACGCUGGCCAGGAAGAAGCUAAAGGACAGAGGGAAGACCAAGGCUCGUUCUCUGGACCUGCUGGACCUCCCUGGGCCUUCAGGAGAGGAGGAGGGAGCUGGGGCACCAGGGGCCCAGAGGGACCGAUCCAGGACCAACCCUUCCACAGGGAGCAGCCAGGAGAGCCUGCGUCCACCCCGGCCCAAAGAAGCCCUGCUGCCCAGCGAGGCUGCCUCUUUCACCCCCAGCGGGACAGGGCAGGGUCAGGGGCGAGGGUCUCUGGCUGACCAGGUGCGUGCGCGCCUGCUGGGCUCGGCUGAUGACCUGCGUAUCGUGGGGCUGAGGAAGCCACUCUCCCCGGAGACGAGGAGGAAGAGACGGGCCUGGAGAAGACACACUGUGGUGGUCUCACCUACCGAGACGGGCGACAAGAGGCCUGCGCUAGCCACCAACGUGUUACCCAUGUCGCCGGCCACUUCCAAACCACAGGGGUCACCCCUCGACCCCCAGGAGCUUGACCCAAGACAUCCUCUUCCCCUGGGACAGAAUCCCCCCGUCACACGCCGAGCACCAGCCUCCAGGUUCCAUCAGUACCUGUAACUAUGGACAGAGACUGAUAGGCCUGUAAAUUACAAGGCCUCUGGCCUCCCUCUCAGUCUCCCUCCCCUGAGCUGCUGAGCCAGGGCUACUGUCUCAGAGGGUCAGAUAGUGCUGACCCCAGGUCAGUUGCAUGAUGGCAGUGAGUAGUGGACAGCAGAGCCACAGACAGACACAAGGGGUCUUAUGAAAGGUCUGAGAACAGUUUUCGGCCUCCAGUCUACUCACGCUCCCUUUUCAUUUGUUUCAGCUCCGUUUGCAUGGCAAAGGGAAUUCCAGUAUUUGCCAAAGCUUUUUUUUGUGUUUUAAAUAAAAAAUAAAAUAAUGCUAAACUGCAAUGGGACAGCAGAGACAGACAGACAGACAGACAGACAGACAGACAGACAGACAGACAGACAGACAGACAGACAGACAGACAGACAGACAGACAGACAGACAGACAGACAGACAGACAGACAGACAGACAGACAGACAGACAGACAGACAGACAGACAGACAGACAGACAGACAGACAGACAGACAGACAGACAGACAGACAGACAGACAGACAGACCUCAUCUCGAUGUUAAAGCCAAGAACUCACCCUCAUCCAGGCAGCAGACAGACAGUGUGUUACUGAAUACUAGGAUCCUUCCUGUCCUCUCUGUUGCUUCCUGUCUGACACAUGAAGUGGGCUGUCCUCUCCCAGUGCACAGGGAAUUGCAUGCCAAACCAAGCCUACCCAGGGUUCCUCACAGAGUGCCACUUUCAACAGGGCUGUGGGCUCUCUCUCUGUCUUUCUCACAAACACACACACACACACACUAGCUGAGAGAUCAGCAUGUACACUAUAAGAAGAGUACAGGCAGUAUUGGAAUGUGAGUUUUGAGGGAGAACUCUGUCUAACCUUUGGCCCCAGCACUGACUUCUAUAUCAGUCUUCCUUAAUAUUCUGUUACUAUGACGACCACAGAACAACUGACUCUAACACUCCUCUAGUUGCCAACAUACAUAAAUAACUCUCACACACACACAUGCUCAUACAGCAGUAGUGGUCUGUAACCCAGAUGUUUGUCUAUCUGUACAUAUGUGUGUUUGCCUGACAAUACCCGUGAGUAUGUUUGAGUGUGCAGGUGUUUGUGUGUUGAACUAUUUUGUAACAUUUGUACAAAGCCUUGUUAAGUUAACCUUGUAAAUAUAUAUAUAUUAUUACAUUAUCAUUAUUUUUUUUGAUUUUUUUUUGAUUUUUUUUUAAUGGUUUACAUAAGUGCACACAGGUGCACCAUAAUUUCCUUCAAGAUGUUACUUGAAAUGUUCCUCUUAAUAUAUUAUUUUUUGUUUUAUAUACAGUAUAUAUUAUAUAUAUUUUUUUGUAUGAAAAGAAUAAGUACUUUUAUUGUGAUUUGACUUCUGGAGUGUACCUGUUUUUAAAACAAACAAAAUAAGAAACAUCCUAAACCUGACUUAAUUCCUGUUUCUUGUUUCCUCACAGAUGGCCUUUCUCUGUGACUCACAGUACUAUGCAGAAAUACUUUCUCUCGUUUAGCAAAGAUACAAUAACUCAUCCAACAUUAAAAUUCUCGUCAAAAUCCUUAGUUCUGGCCGUUGAAAUGCCUAUCCAUUUCAUGGCUGGAUAGCAUCCAUUUCCACAUUUGAAGAAAGCAAUGUACUCUCCCCCUUGCUGACACUACUAUCUACCUUGUGCUGACAAUGCUUAUCUUAUUUUGCAGCAAGCAGGGCUUUAUCUACCAUAACCUAAUUUAAGUCCGAAUAAUGUUUGUAUGCAUCUCAGCUCUCUUAUCAAAGUACGGUCACAUACUGUACUCGCAUCAACUCUCUCAUAACUGUCUUUUCAAUUGGAUUAAGUAUUAGUUGGUAAUAAUUUGCUUGACCAAACCCACCUAUGUGUACCAGAGGAAAUAUUUGCUUUCAUUUUAUGGGUGACAGAGAAAGCGCAAAAUAUUGACAACAUGCCGUUAAACGUCAAGGAUUAUAAAUGCAACCUGCAUGUAUACACAAAGUUACAUUUUGUAUAGUCUGUCAAUUAUAUUUUAUUUGUUAUAUUAUCAGGAAUAUUUUUAGUAUUAUACCAUCAGCACAUGAUUUUUCAUGUCACAUAUUACAUUUCCAUAAGGUUAGACUCACUCAAGUGAAUGACCACUGUGAGUGGGGUGCUUCAGAAUUCCUGGAUACAAAUGACUGAUUGCAGAAAUGUGGUUACCAUAAGUAGCCAUUUUGGGGUCUGCUGUGUUUCUAGACUUGCAUACCAUUCUCUUGGCCAUGGUCCAAGAUGAGUUUCCAUUUCCCAAAUAGUCUUUAUUAACCGUUCCUCAACCAAUGUCAUAUGGGACUUAUUCUUUGGUUUGCCUGACAGGAUUUUGCCUGACAGGAUUUUUGUCAUCAUUAAAUGUAAUUGACUUUUUGUUAGUCUUGUCUUACCUCAAGAGUUGCCCUACAAGUGCCUGAUUUCUGGAGUGUUUUUGUUCUGCAGUGAGUGCCAUGGUCAGUCUUCACCUCCCCAUUAACCCUCAUUAUUCCAGACUCUCAAAGCCAAAAGCUUCAACCUUCACAUCUAGUUAUAAGCCAGACUGAAUUCAUUAUCUUCUCGUUGUUGUGCUUACAUCUUAGCCGCUGACCCAAAGACGUGUAUCGUACAUACGAGCAGCCUCUCUGGGAGGCCAUUAAGAGCAACACUGUCUGGCCAAGGACUUGUCUAUGCAGUCUGUUUGCAUCUAACAAGCACUAACAAACAGCAGAAUACCUGAUGCUGCAAGGGGAGGGAAAGUAUAUUGCUCUCACCUGCUUUUCUCCUACACAGAGGUUCUUUCACAUGGACAGUGUUUUGUAUGGUACACAUAACAAGCUCUAAGUAAUGGUAAUCAAUACCUAGAACAGGGUAAUAUAGUACCAACUCAUUUGCAUUAGAUUUUAUUUGAUGAACUAACUGUAUACAUUUAAAGUGUCAGUCAAUAGGAGACAUACAGCUGAGCUUAACAGAGCUGAACCAAACUGCUCAUGCCUUCAUCGAAAAGAUAAAUAGAAAAAUUGUAGAACAUUUUGACAACACUCAAUGUGUGUUUAGCUGUCCGUCUCUUGAAAUGUGAUAUACCUUAUGUUUGUUAUUAUGUCUGAUAAUAUUUUGUACAUAUUGUCUUGAUAUGUAACAUAUUGUAUUGUGUAAAGUACAUUUUGAAUUGCUUUGAGUAAACAAUCUUCUAAGAAAAUGGACUGACUAAAGGUUAUCCACCUGGAACCAUUUCAUUCGAUGGCUUUUUGCUUCAAAGCAAGGUUAUAUGAUGUAAAUAAACAGAAUUACGUUUUAAAAAUA